UGCAGCUCGGCGCUGACUGACGUGGAGAGAGGAUCAUCGGCUUAUUGUCCUCAGACACCGGGAGCGGGGUGAGGUCAUCACCAUUCAGGAAUGCAGCUAUUACCCUAGAAUCCACUCUGGGAACGGCUACAACACUACAAGGAAGGACAGACUAAGGAGUCUGGGUAUCCCAGCUAAAACACCUUCACUGGGACUCCUGGAGGGAUGAACAACGUGGAGCCAGACGCUACCGCCCCAGUGGAACCAGCAGCUCAAGUUCAGGAUGACGGUAUGACCUGGUGGUACCGAUGGCUGUGCCGGCUAGCUGGGGUCGUUGGCGGGAUAUCCUGCGCCAUAGCCGGUUUGUGGAACUGCGUUACCAUCAAUCCACUAAAUAUAGCAGCUGGAGUGUGGAUGAUGCUAAAUGCCUUUGUGCUAUUUCUCUGCGAAGCUCCGUUUUGCUGUCAGUUUGUUGAAUUUGCGAACACAAUCUCUAACAAGGCGGACAAGCUGAAACCCUGGCAGAAGGCGUUCUUUUAUUGCGGGAUGGCAAUCUUCCCAGUUUUUCUCAGUCUAACACUAACCACCCUCUUUGGCAAUGCUAUCGCCUUCGCUGCUGGAGUGCUAUAUGGCCUCUCUUCACUGGGGAAAAAGGGAGACGCCAUCACUUAUGCAAAACUUCAACAGGCUAAGAAGCAACCAGAUGAAGAAAAGGCAGAAACGCCAUAAAAACUAUCAAGAACGCCGGAGAUCGCCAUCCGUGGGAAACGUACACCUUUUAGAUUUAACAAAUUAAUUUCCAGGAUUGGUUCUGGUAUUUUUUUUUAAUUUUAACUGGAUUUUUGCAGUGAUAUUUUUUUUACAACAAAAAUCUUUGCAGUCCUGUGAGAAAAACCAGGGUGAAAAAGGAAGAGUCAUCAGGAUCUGAGUAUCUUUUCUAUAAAUUGAUGAACA